CUCUGCACGGAGUGGAACAAAAUCAGAAAGGCAAAGAGUACAGUCCGCGGAAAUCGUUCAAUUAAUAGAAAGCAAGAAAAAUACAUAUAUAAUUUUCCCAUAUAUACCCUAUAUAUAUAUCGCCUGUAUAUAUACGAGCCCCGUAUGUAUGUAUCAGUGUACCAAAAGUUGUUAUACAUAAAAUAAAUUGCGAAAGAAAGAAAUACCAUUAUCACCUAAAAAUAGUGGCCGACUCUCAAAGGAAUAUCAAUUUUAAUAAUAACGAAACCAAACCAAACGACGUGAGCGAACCAACUAUAUAGUACCAUAGCCGCAAUAUCGCACGCACGCACGCAUGUUCGAGUUAAAGGCCUAAACCGCAGCGAGGACCCCAAACGAAGGUAGCGAACCCUACUGACUCCCGAGUGCGUGCCACCGAAAGAUGACUGUCACUCGCCUUAAGACUCUGACGCUGCUCGUGUGUGCUCUGCUGGCACUGAGUUUUCCCGGAUAUGUGAACAGCGCCAACAGCAACAACAACAACAAGAAAGGAUCCCAGCCAGCGGCGCCGCUCGAGCCGGAGGCGGUCAUCGAGGAGGUCAAUGCCAAGCAGCUGGAGAAGCUCUUGGCCGACAAGGAUUACGUCGCGGUUUUCUGGUAUGCGCGCAGCUGUGUGACCUGUGAUAAGGUUCUAGCGGAACUCGAGAAAAUCGACGAUGACACCGACUCCUUCGGUGUGGACUUUGUGAAGAUCAACGACAAACGACUAGCCAAACAGUAUGGCAUCAAGAAUUUCCCAGCCCUCACCUACUUCAGGGAGAAGGAGCCCAUCAUCUACGAUGGCGACCUCAUGGACGAGGAGGGAGUGCUCGACUUCCUCACCUCUCUGGAGGCCAUGGAUCUGCCCGAUCGCAUCGAGGAGGUCAAUGCCAAGAUAUUGCAGAAGAUCAUCGAGGAUACCGACUUUGUAGCCGUCCUGUUCUGUCCAGAUCAUGAAACAUGCCCGCCCAGGGUUAUGGAUAAACAGCAAUGCCGCAAGUGCGCGAAGGCCUUGCAGGAGCUGGAGAAUAUAGACGACGAGGCCGAUCAGCUUGGCAUCGGAUUUGUGAAAAUACACGACGAGGCCUUGGCCGACGAAUACAAUCUGGGCAAUCUGCCAGCGCUGGUCUACUACCGUCAUCAGACUCCGAUCAUAUACGAAGGUGAACUCCAGCGUGAGGAGGACGUAUUGGAGUGGUUGGUGCAGAAUAAGUCGACUGGGGAUGAGGAUGACGUGAUUGAGGACGUCACCUCCAAGACGCUGUCGACGCUGAUCAGCAAUAUCGACAACCUGGUUGUGCUUUUCUAUGAUCAUGGAAACGACGAUUCGAUGACCGUGUUGGAGGAGCUAGAGCAAAUCGACGACGACUGCGACAAGCAUGGCAUUCAGUUUGUAAAAAUUGACGAUGCCAAGGCAGCAGGCGAUUACGGAAUCGAUUCGAUUCCGGCAAUUGUUUACUUUGAAAAAGAAAUUCCAAACGUGUACGACGGCGAUCUCAUGGACGAGGAACAGAUUCUGAAAUGGUUGUUGGGCCAGUUGGAACGGGAUGAGAUCGAGGAUGUCACUGACGAAAUGCUCGAUACAAUGAUCAAAGAGGGACGCGUCAUUGCAGUGCUGUUCUACGACAACAACGACAAGAAGUCCCAGAAAGUCCUCGAAGAGCUCGAGAAUAUUGACGACGAGUGCGACGCGUUGGGUAUUACUUUCGUGAAGAUCGACAAUCCCGAGGAGGCCGUCGAAUAUGGCAUCAAUAAAGUUCCUAAACUGAUAUACUUUGAAAAAGGCAUUCCAACUAUUUACGAAGGCAAUCUGGAGGAUGAGGAGAAGCUCCUGAAAUGGCUUACAGAGCAAACGAGUUCCGAUCAAAUCGAGGACAUUACCGACGAAAUGUUGGAUUUGAUCAUUGAGAAAAUGCCCCACGUAGCUGUUCUGUUCUACGACAAAGACCAAAAGAAAUCACAGAAAAUCCUCGCAGAAUUGGAAAACAUUGACGAUGAGUGCGAUCAGAACGAUAUUGCUUUUGUCAAGAUCGAUGAUGACAAGGAGGCCAAAGAAUGGGGCAUCGAUGAGAUACCCUCGAUUGUACUCUUUGAACGUGGCAUUCCACACAUCUACGAGGGUGAUCUGAUGAAAGAGGACGAGCUGCUUGGCUGGCUGGUGCAUCAGAAGCGCUACUCCGAAAUUCCCGAAGUCACCGAUGAGAUGAAGGACAAGUUGGUCGAGAACACCGAGCACUUGGCGGUUAUAUUUUACGACAAGGACGACAAGCAGGACAUGCGCAUCCUGAACGAACUGGAAAACAUUGACGAUGAGCUGGAGAAGGAGGGCAUCGUCAUCGUGCGCAUUGACAACGCCGCCGAGGCCAAGGAGUACGGUCUCGACCACUUGCCCGCUCUCAUCUACUUCGAGAACAAGAUCCCGGCUCUCUACGAGGGUGAUCUUAUGAAUGAGGAUGAGGUCCUCGAGUGGCUGCUGGUGCAGAAGAAAACGGCCACCAUUGAGGAGGUCACCGAUGAAAUCCUGGUCAAUCUGAUCAACGAGCACGAAUAUGUGGUGGUCUUCUUCACGGGUCCCUGCGAGCCUGGCGAGACCUGCGACCACACUCUGAAUGCUUUGGAAAGCAUCGACGACGAGUUGGACGAGGCUGGCAUCAUUUUUGUUACCACUGAGGAUACCGGAGUUGCCAAGAAAUACAAUGUCAAGACUUAUCCACGCCUGGUGUUCUUCCGUAACCGUGACCCACUGCAUUUCACCGGAGACCUGGACGAUGAGGAUGAAGUGCUGGCCUGGAUCACGGACGAUGAGACCCUUGAGAUUCCCGGAAAAAUCGAGGAGGUCAAUGUGAAGAUGUUGGAUAAAAUUUUGGCUGAGAACGAUCACGUUGUCGUGUUCUUCUAUGCCGAAGGCGAUAAGAAGGCCCAGAAGAUCCUGAACGAGCUGGAGAACAUUGACGACGAGUGCGAGGAAAAAGACAUUGACUUUGUAAAGACAUCCGACGAUGAUAUUGAUAAGGAAUACGAUCUGCCCGGUCUGCCGGCACUUGCAUUUUAUAGACAUAAGUUUAGAACAAUUUACACCGGUGACCUGAUGAAGGAGGAGGAAAUUCUUGAGUGGGUUAUUGACUUGCACGAGUCUACUGCCGAUGUCAUUGAGUCUGUCGAUCGCAAGACCCUGCAAGUUCUGAUAAACGAUGUUGAACACCUGGCUGUGUUCUUCUACGACGAUGAAUGCGAAUCCUGCUCGGACAUCUUGGAAGAGCUGGAGAACAUCGAUGACGACACCGAUAAGCACGGCAUUCAGUUUGUGAAAUCGAAUGACGUUAAGUUGGCACAUGAGAUCGGCAUUUUCGCAUUCCCAGCUUUGGUCUACUACGAGACCGGCGUCCCGAUCAUGUAUGAUGGCAACAUUGCCAGCAAUCAGGACGUCUUCAACUGGAUUCUGGAGCAGAAGGCCGACCAAAGCAUACAGCUAAUUGAUCGGGAGCAGCUCUUUGAGUUUAUAGGCACCAAAGACUUUUUAGCGGUUAUGUUUUACAAGGAAGACGAUCCCGACUCACCGCGAGUGCUCCGACACAUCGAACUGAUCGACGACGAAGCCGCCGAAUAUGGCAUUCACAUAGUGAAAAUGCACGACAAGCUAAUGGCCAAGAAGUACGGCUACAGGAACCCCCCGGGUCUGACCUAUUUCCGCAAGGGAAAGUACAUCAACUACGACGGCGAUAUCGAUGACGAGGAGGAGGUGCUCGACUGGCUGACUAGUCCUGCCAACAUGGAGAUGACCGAUCACAUCGAGCAGGUCAACCGCAAGAUGUUUGAAAAGAUCCGCAAGAACUCCGACUACGUGGCGGUGAUUUUCUACAGCGACGAGUGCAAGCAGUGUCCUCGCGUCCUGGCCGAAGUGGAGCACAUAGACGAUGAGGCUGACAAGGCGGGCAUCGACUUUGUCAAGAUCGACGACAAGCAAAUGGCCAAGGAAUACGGAGUCUUUGCCCUGCCAGCCAUAGUUUUCUUCAAGCCCACAUCCAAGGAGCCAGUUAUAUAUGCCGGUGAUCUUUACGAAGAAGAACAGAUCCUCACUUGGUUAAUCACGCAAAAGGACCCAAGUGGAGAUGUUAUCGAAGAUCUCGAGGGCGAACGACUCGUUCAGCUAAUUGAAGAGUCUGGCUCCAUCGCCGUGUAUUUCUGGAACAAGACAAAGUGCGACAUUUGCAAUUCCAAAGCGGCGCGCAAGGCGCGUCUGAAAAAGGAGCGCGACCAGCACCAGCAGGAGGGUGGAGCCGCCAGCGCCGCUGCUGCCUUUGGCAGUGAGACCGAUCCUUCCGAGGCGGCUGCUGGUGGGGCGGAUGGGUCGCCAGCGUCCUCGCCAGAUGCACCGUCUGCGACUGCGGGCGCAGCUGCACCACCGGACGCGUCGGCUGGGAAGCAAGAAGAUGAUGCGGACGGCUGUGAGCAGUGCACCAAGGUCCUGGAGGAGCUGGAGAACAUUGACGACGAUUGCGAUAAGCAUGGCAUAACCUUUGUGAAGACCAGAGACUUUUCCGUGGCCGAUGGCUAUGGCGUACACGAGUACCCGGCACUGGUCUACUUCGAGGGAGGAAUACCCAAUGUUUUUGAGGGCGAACUCAGUGAGGAGGAGGAGGUGCUCCAAUGGCUGAUCACACAGAAGACCGAGGAUCGCAUCGAGCUUAUUACCCGCCAAAUGCUCGAGACCAUGGUGGAGGAGACCCAGUACCUGGCCGUGUACUUCUACAAAAUCAACUGCAACAUCUGCGACCAGAUAUUAGAGGGUCUGGAGCUGAUUGAUGAUGAGUGCGAUGUGUUCGGCAUUCACAUGGUCAAGAUCCAAGAUCCUCAGCUGGCCAAACGUUAUUCGAUUAAGACCUUCCCGGCCUUGGUUUACUUCCGCAAUGGAAAUCCCUUACUCUUCGAGGGCGAUCUGCAAAAUGAGCAGUCGGUUCUGGAAUGGCUCAUUGAUGACGACAACCGGGAGUUGGCCGAUGAAAUCGAGGAGGUCAACGAGCGCAUGCUGGAUCGUCUAAUGGCCGAGUCCACCCUCUUGGUUGUGUUCUUCUAUGACGAUGACUGUGCUGAGUGCGAGGAGAUUUUGGAGGAAUUGGAGGAGAUCGACGGCGAGGCGGAUAUGUUUGGCAUUGACUUUGUUAAGAUUGCCAGCAUCGAAGCAGCCAAGAAAUACGAAAUUGUCAACAUACCUUCCCUGGUUUACUUCAGGAAACAAGUGCCUGUCCUAUAUGAUGGCGAUAUGCAUCAACACGACAAAGUUAUAACCUGGCUGACCUCACAAGAUGUCUUCGAAAUCAAAAACGAAAUUGAAGAAGUCAACAGAAAAAUGCUGGACAAGCUUCUUGAAGAGAACGAGUUCUUAUCGGUGUUUUUCUAUGAGCACAACCAACCGGACAGCACAGCGGCUCUGGAAAAGCUCGAGAACAUAGACAGCGAGACGGAUAACCUGGAUAUAACGUUUGUAAAAAUGGCUGACUCGCGCUAUGCCAAGAAAUGGGGAGUCACCAAACUGCCGGCAAUGGUCUAUUUCCGCCGGCGAUUCCCCAGCAUAUACAGGGGCGACCUUCUCUCCGAGGAUGAGGUGCUGGAAUGGCUGCGCAAGAACCGCUUCCGGCAGCCCGAGCUAAACAUCUUCAUGUAUGCCCUGAUCGCCCUGGCGGUGGCCUUUGUCAUCUACACAGCCUUCCUGCUCCAGUGCUUCAAGCCGGCGCCCCCGCCACCCGUCCAGCACCCCAAGCAGUCGUGAAUGCGCUAGGCCAGAGCACGGUAAAAGUUGGACAGAAGCACUGAAACAUGUUGAAUAGUUAUGCAACUAUCAUGGACGGGUUUCGAUCAGAGAGGAAGCCCUUAAACGAGAAAAUCAAUCCUAAAAUGAUUAUCAUCACAUACGCGUAUCAAUGUUCAUCAAUCUAUCAUCAAAUCGUCUAAAUUAGACGCCGAUACAAACGACUGUGCUUGGUGGACCAGAAAUAAAAAUGUCCCAGGCUAACCAAGAUCCAUUGCUUUUGAAAUAUCUUUUGAAACAGCUUGAUACUUUGGAUACUUCCAUAUUUACGUCAGUACUCAUGCUCAUAUUUACGUCAAUAUAGAACUCAUUUGUCUUCAUACUUAUGGUACUUCAUAUAAAAUCAAAUAAAAGAACAAACUCAAGUCAUAGUAAUUACGUUAACGUUAAAUUUAAUUGCCAUAUAAUAUUGUGAAAUAAAUGCCAAUAAUAAUUUUUACAGUAAAAA